UGGGGUAGAGACUGGCGCGAAUUUCUCCUGAAUAGAGUUGCUGGAGGAGUGUAUGAUUGCAUCUGUGGUGUACAUGUAUUAAAAAUUUAAGAAAAAGUUAAUCCCGAGUUAUAUAACAAUUCAAGAAAAUAUGGAUAUCCCAGAACCCACAGCUGGAGCCACCGGGCAACAGAUUAAAGACGAUUUGGCAGAGAAGUGUCAGAAAUUGUUUCAGGAUUUUCUAGAAGAGUUUCAGAACAGUGAUGGGGAUGUGAAGUACCUGCGUGAGGCAGAGGAGCUGAUUCGUCCUGAGAGGAACACCCUGCUUGUAAGCUUUGCAGAUUUGGAGCAGUUUAACCAAGAGCUUGCAACCACUAUUCAGGAGGAGUACUACAGAGUGUAUCCUUUUCUGUGCCAGGCUGUGCGAAGCUUUGCCCGAGAUCAUGGGAACAUGAUUCCAGCCAACAAGGAGUUCUAUUUGGCAAUCCAGGAUCUGCCAUCCAGACACAAGAUCAGGGAAUUGACGACCGCACGGGUUGGCGCUCUGGUACGGAUCAGCGGCCAGGUGGUUCGUACUCACCCUGUUCACCCGGAGCUGGUCAGCGGCACGUUCCUGUGUCUCGACUGCCAGACUGUGGUUAAAGAUAUAGAGCAGCAGUUCAAGUACACCCAGCCCAACAUCUGCCGAAACCCAGUCUGUAGCAAUAGGAGGAGAUUCAUGCUGGACACCAACAAAUCAAGAUUUGUUGACUUUCAGAAGGUUCGUAUCCAGGAGACGCAGGCAGAGCUGCCCCGUGGCAGCAUCCCUCGCAGUCUGGAGGUGAUCCUGCGUGCCGAGGCAGUGGAAACGGCCCAGGCUGGGGACAAGUGUGACUUUACCGGCACUCUGAUUGUUGUCCCUGAUGUGUCCCAGCUUUCUUCCCCAGGAUCACGUUCUGAGACAAGCUCCCGUGUUGCUGGCUCAGAGGGUUAUGAAAACGAGGGAGUCCGAGGAUUGCGUGCUCUGGGAGUGAGGGACCUCUCCUACAAGCUGGCCUUCCUAGCCUGUUAUGUGGCACCGACUAAUCCCCGGUUCGGCGGGAAGGAGCUGCGAGAUGAAGAGCAGACUGCUGAGAGCAUUAAGAACCAGAUGUCGGUGAAGGAGUGGGAGAAGGUGUUUGAGAUGAGCCAGGAUAAGAACCUCUACCACAACCUCUGUACAAGCCUUUUCCCCACCAUACACGGUAAUGACGAGGUGAAGAGAGGCAUCAUGUUGAUGCUGUUUGGAGGAGUUCCCAAGACCACAAUGGAGAAGACAUCGCUGCGUGGCGACAUCAAUGUCUGUAUUGUGGGCGAUCCCAGUACUGCAAAGAGCCAAUUCCUCAAGCACGUUGAAGAGUUCAGUCCCAGAGCAGUAUACACCAGUGGAAAAGCCUCCAGUGCUGCCGGUCUGACUGCUGCUGUAGUGAGGGAUGAAGAAUCCCAUGAGUUUGUCAUUGAGGCUGGCGCGCUGAUGCUGGCUGACAAUGGAGUCUGCUGUAUUGAUGAGUUUGAUAAGAUGGACCUGAAGGAUCAGGUGGCUAUCCAUGAAGCCAUGGAGCAACAGACUAUUUCAAUCACUAAAGCGGGAGUCAAGGCCACCCUGAAUGCCCGGACGUCCAUUUUAGCAGCAGCAAACCCUGUUGGUGGGCGCUAUGAUAGGUCAAAGUCCCUGAAACAGAAUGUGAAUCUUUCUGCACCCAUCAUGUCCAGAUUCGAUCUCUUCUUCAUUCUGGUAGACGAUUGCAAUGAGGUCACGGAUUACGCCAUUGCCAGACGUAUAGUGGAUCUCCAUUCCAGAAUGGAAGAGUCUGUUGAACGCCUCUAUACCUUGGAUGAAAUUCGGAGAUACCUGCUCUUUGCAAGACAGUUUAAACCAAAGAUUUCAAAGGAGUCUGAAGAUUUCAUUGUUGAGCAGUACAAGCGCCUACGCCAGAGAGACGGAUCAGGGGUCAGCAAGUCGGCUUGGAGGAUCACUGUCCGUCAGCUGGAGAGUAUGAUCCGCCUGUCUGAGAGCAUGGCCAGGAUGCAUUGCUGUGAUGAGGUGCAACCAAAGCAUGUCAAGGAAGCUUUCCGAUUGCUGAACAAAUCUAUCAUCCGGGUGGAGACUCCAGAUGUCAAUUUGGACCAGGAAGAGGUGGAGCCAGAGGAAGAGGAGGCAGCAGCAGUGCAACAUGGAGUUAAUGGUACUGAUGUACCAAAUGGUGUCGGUGGUGAAGCACAUGGAAUCAAUGGACAUGCUGAAAAUGGGGUCAGUGGCUCGGCAGCUCAACCAUCUCUCAGACUUUCUUUCACUGAGUACCGCCGGAUUUCAAACCUUGUGGUCCUCCAUCUCCGACAGGCAGAGGAAGAGGAAGAUGAAUCUACACUUAAGAAAAGUGGACUGAUAAACUGGUACCUGAAGGAGAUAGAAUCUGAAAUUGAUUCUGAAGAGGAGCUUGUUAACAAAAAGAAAAUUAUUGAAAAAGUCAUCCACAGACUUGUUCAUUAUGACCACAUUCUGAUUGAGCUGACGCAGAGUGGGCUGAAAGGAUCGACUGAAGCAGCAGAGGCUGAAACAGGGGAGGAUCCAUUUCUGGUUGUGAAUCCAAACUACACACUGGAGGAUUAGAACUUGAAAACAUAGACUGAUACAUGUUUUAUUUUACACUUGCUUUGGAUAAUUUUCUCCAAAUCAACACUUUUUGUUUUUUAACCACCCAGUUGGAACUGUGAUUUGUCUUUGUUUAAUGAAUAUGUCUUGUAUUUUAUCAUGUGUCUAGAUAUUGUACUUUUUAUCAGUUUUAUGGUUUCAUGUACUGCAUUUGCACACAUAGUUGGUUUUAUUUAAUUCCAUUGCUACUCGUAUACAGUGGAAUGUUGAAAUGCUGUCUGUUUUUAUGAAAGGUUGAUAAAUUAGAAUAAACUCUGUUAUCAGGGAUUUCAACGUUUUUCUGGAAAUGGUGUAAAUUUAGAAUGUUUUGAUUUCUACAAAGCAUUAAUGUUCCUAUGAAACAAAAAUAAUAAACUGCAAAUUGCUUUGACGUUCAUUUUUGUAGGGAAUAAAAUACACCAUUUUGUAA